GACCAAUGAUACACGGUUCAGAUUAAAAGCGCAAUGUUGUGAUUUCAUGUGGCGCGAAACACAGGAUCAACUAACUGUGAGCCAACUUUUGGCGCCGAAUGUACGGCGACACCGCAUAAAGACUAGAAUGCCCUCAUUUGUGCAAGUCAAUUUCACUAGAGAACACCAUCUUUUGGCAGUUCUCCGUCCGUUUCGUUGGUUGUUGGUUGGUCGGAAAACAUGUCGGCGCUCAUCGACGUCGUCGAAGAGCAACGAGAGCCUCUCCUUCGCGAACCUUCUCCUCCUCCGCCGCUGCUUCCCUCCAAACACUCCUCUGAGAACGACGACAUCGUGCCCUUCUCCUCAUCCGACGGUCCAGAUUCUCCGGCACCCAAUCCCGCCGAUCAAAACCAGCGUCUUGUCUCUCUCGACGUCUUUCGCGGCCUCACCAUCGCUUUGAUGAUAUUAGUCGAUGAUGCUGGAGGAGCUUUUCCGUCCAUAAAUCACUCUCCAUGGUUCGGUGUAACGCUUGCAGAUUUUGUAAUGCCCUCUUUUCUUUUUGGUGUUGGUGUCUCUGUUAGUCUAGUAUUCAAGAAAAUAUCAAGCAAAACAACAGCUACAAAAAAGGUCUUGCUGAGAGCAAUUAAGCUCUUUCUCUUGGGGGUGUUACUAGAAGGUGGGUAUUUCCAUGGGCGUAACCAUUUGACUUAUGGAGUUGAUGUGGCCAAGAUACGUUGGUUAGGAGUACUGCAGAGAAUUUCAAUUGGCUAUCUAUUGGCUUCAAUGUCGGAGAUCUGGUUUGUCAAGAACAUCAUGGUUGACUCACCGGUGGCUUUUGUAAGGAAAUACUACGCUCAGGGGCUGUUUGCUAUCUUACUGUGCUCAACUUAUUUGCUCUUGUUAUAUGGCCUUUAUGUUCCAAAUUGGUCAUUUGCGGUUUCCAGCUUAAACGUGGCUGGUAAUACAUCAGAUACUCAAAAUGUCCAUUGUGAAAUGAGGGGCAGCCUUGAACCUCCUUGUAAUGCUGUUGGAUUUAUUGAUCGAAUUAUUCUUGGAGAAAAACAUCUUUACCAACGUCCUGUUUACAGAAGAACAAAGGAAUGCAGUGUUAAUUCUCCCGACUAUGGACCUCUGCCACCAAAUUCACCAGGGUGGUGCCUUGCGCCAUUUGAUCCAGAGGGCAUCCUAAGUUCUCUGAUGGCUGCCAUUACGUGCUUUGUUGGGUUGCAUUAUGGGCACAUAGUUGUGCAUUUUAAGGGCUAUAAACAGAAGAUACUUUUAUGGUCCUUUUUCUCAAUCCCUCUUCUAAUAAUUGGAUACAUUUUAGAGGUGCUAGGCAUUCCUCUUUCAAAACCACUGUACACGUUGAGCUAUACAUGCAUAACUGCUGGAGCUUCAGGCUUGUGUUUAACCAUUAUUUAUUACAUUGUUGAUGUCAAACACUUUAGAAAGCCUAUGAUUUUACUACAGUGGAUGGGGAUGAAUGCACUCAUUAUCUAUGCUUUGGCUGCUCGUGAACUUUUCCCGGCAGCAGUGCAAGGUUUCUAUUGGCGGUCACCUGAAAAUACCCUGGUUGAUGGCACGGAAGCUUUAUUACAGGCCAUGCUUCAUUCAAGAAAAUGGGGCACCUUAGCGUUUGUCAUGCUUGAGGUUUUAUUUUGGGGUGCCGUCGCUGGUUUUCUUCACAUGAAAGGCAUAUAUAUGAAGCUGUAAAUGACACUUUCACAUGUACAUGCAAAAAAAAAAAAAAAUGAUAGGCUGACCCAGGCUCCUAUGUACAGUUUCUUGCGUGAUGUGAAACUUGUAUUUUAUCUAGUUUAUUAACUACAGUACUGUAUUUUGCCUAGAUGCUCUUCUUUGUAUCUGUAAUCUGUAUCUAAUAAACAAUUGUCUUCUAGUAUAUGAGCUUAACCAUUCCCGGAUGAGACUCUACAAAACAAAUAAUUUCAAACAUUUUGUUGCUCA